UCUACCUUAACUUGUGGCCGCGUUUCUCUUUAUAUUUUCUAGUUUUCCUUUGUUUUUUUUACCCCCUCACUCGUUUCCCCUUACUCUCUCUAGGAUCCUCCCUUCACUGAAGUCCUCUGUAGCAUGUGAAAAGAAACGGCUACAAUCAUAUCGUGUGUUGGCUGAUAUAUUCUUCUGAAAAGUUGCAAUCAUCAUAUUAUAUUGUUUGUAUUUAGCUUCAUGUUCUUUGCUUGAACUUAUGGCUUGCAAAGUUUCCGGUGGGGCCGUGGCUUUUGAUAGGACUGGUUUCACUGAGCAGCGUAGACGACUCUGCACACCCUCUAAAUCUUUGCAUUGUAUUGACUCCAAUCCUAUAAACAAGAAGAUAGAAAUAAGUAGAGGUAACGUGCAUCUAUCAAAGGGAUCCUGGCUUAUCAGUAGACAACCUCACUCUUAUGCGCGCCCCAGGAAGCAUCCAGUUUUAUGUUAUUCGAUGGGUUCUCAGAGUAAUGAAUCCAGAGAGUGUGUAAGGAAUUCUGAGGACUGUAAAAAUUUAUCUAGUGAGCAGCUUGAAAAUGAGCAAACAGGAGGAUGUGGUACUCAGGUCUGUGAUAAAGUCAUCAAUGCAAAGAUUUCUGCUUAUUCUAUUGUUUACAAUGAUGCAAAAUACGUAAAUGAAAGGGCCCGUAAUGACAUUGUCUUGCUUUCCCGUGGCAUAAGACAACUAGAUGAUCGUGCACGUCAAGAUGUUGCUGUUCUAGGGUUGGGCAUUCUGAGGCUUGACGCUCGUGCAAGGGAGGACACAGAGAAGAUUGAUCAUGGAAUGAAGAGAAAAGCUGCUUGUUUGCACCAUAUAACUUCAAUCUUAAAAGAUAAAGCCAAGUCUAAAUUGAAGCGAGCAGCAGAUCAGCACUGGAGUGAUGGGGCCUUGGAGGCUGAUUUGAGACGAGCUGACUUUGUUGUUAGGCGUCGGGCAAUGGAAGAUGCAUUCAUGGCUUUGAAGUUUGUGAGGAAUAUUCAUGACAUGAUGGCAAGCAAGUUGUACCAGCAGCCUGAGAAAGAAGGUUCUUUCACUAUAAAUGAUACAAUGGGAUUUAUUACACUUGAAAAGAAUGGUAAUUCACUUGAUCUUUUGGCUAGGGACGUCUCUACAGAUCGCAUUGCUGCAAUACAGGAUGCUUAUUGGAGUAUGGCAUCUGCCUUGUCUGAGGCUGAUGGAAUUGAUUACACUGAUCCUGAGGAGCUUGAAAUGUUAGUAUCAGCUCUCAUUGAUCUCGAUGCAAUGGAUGGAAAAGAUAGUGUCUCGCUCCUGGCUGAGUGUUCAAGCUCACCUGAUGUUAGCACAAGGCAAGCUCUCGCAAAUGCAUUGGCUGCAGCUCCAUCUAUGUGGAUUCUAGGGAAUGCUGGCAUGGGGGCUUUACAAAGAUUAGCUGAGGACAGCAACCCUGCCAUUGCUGCUGCUGCAUCAAAAGCCAUUGAUGAACUAAAGCUACAGUGGGAACUUGAAGAAGGUGAUAGUUUGAGGUUCUUGAUGAAUAGGAUCUCUCAGGAAACUGGAGAUGAUUCUGACUCUGAGGAAAAUGGUGACUAUCAAGUGUAAGGUGAUCGUAUUGGUUUCUGAUCGAGUGACUGCUCGAGAUAUGCUCUCAAAAAUAUUAUUUGCAAAACGGUGAAUAUAAUCGAAAGACGACGCAAACAUUGUAUACAGUUUCAUGGGAUCCGAUGAUGUUCGGUCCAAGGAAGGUUCUCAUGAAAUUGAUACAAAAAAUUCCAUCCGAUCAUGUAUCGUAAGUUAUAACUAAAGAAGAUUGGCCUAAUCCUGGAGAUUGGGCUUCCCAGUUGUAAGAAAAAUAUCUUACAAACAAGAAUUUUAAGUUGUAACAGAUUUGAUUGCCUAAUCCUGAAGCUUGGUUGACAUGAUAGGUAAUUUUAUAAAGGGCACGGCUUGUGGAA